UAUACAAGACUGCGCCAGAAAGACGCAGUGAGCAAGGUUUGGUGAGCGUAGCGGAUGACGCACAGUCUGUUUACUGCCAGGGAGCGUUUAGAAAAAGGCUUAGGGAAACUUUUCAUUCGGAAAGAAAGCAACAUGCUACUUGUCAGUGUUACCUAAGUACAUAAACAGGGUCGCACAUCAGGCGUACCAGGCUUCAAUAAUAAUACUUGCGGUGGAAGUAAAUAAUAUCCUAAAUUAGAUACUACGUGAGAAAUCGACUGUUAGUAUGCCAUUUCGCACCAGUGUAUUGUGAAAAUUGUACUGUUGCUUUUUGCAAGGCAUCUGUUUUUAGUUUUUAUCCGUGACUUGACACUUAACCGGCGAUGAUAAGGAAGCCCUCUAUUUUUAGUCAUGUGGUGUUAAGACUUUGCUCUAGUGUCUGCAGCUCUUUGUGCCUUGCGUCGUAAACAAACAUCUUUUGGUGACACUAGUUCUUGAUUAGAGGUGAUCUCAGUGUUUCCUCCAUUAUAUCGUACUACCUUCGUCGCACAAAGAUGAAGGUCGUCGCUCUAAUAAGUGGCGGAAAGGACAGUUGCUAUAACAUGCUACAAUGUGUGGCCGCAGGACAUGAAGUUGUGGCCCUUGCGAAUCUUUAUCCAGAAAACAAAGAGGAGCUGGACAGCUACAUGUACCAGUGUGUGGGCCACCAGGGGGUGGAGCUGUUUGCGGAGGCGGUCGGCCUGCCUCUCUUCCGAAGAGCUAUCAGUGGUGUCGCCAUCAACUGCGGGCCACAGUACACACCCACACCCAGUGACGAAGUGGAAGAUCUUCAUGAACUUCUGGCUUUAGUGAAGGAGGAAAUGAAUGUAGAGGCGGUGGCUGUUGGGGCUAUACUGUCGGACUACCAACGGAUACGUGUGGAGAAUGUGUGCUCGCGCCUGGGUCUGGUGGCCCUGGCUUACCUGUGGCGGCGCGACCAGGAGGAGUUGCUGCAGGAGAUGAUCGACUGCGCCGUGGAGGCCGUGGUGAUCAAGGUGGCUGCACUGGGACUGCACCCCUCCGUGCACCUCGGUCUCACGCUCACCGACCUCCAGCCCAACUUCCUCAGAAUGAAGGAGAAGUACGGGCUGAAUGUUUGUGGUGAAGGUGGAGAGUAUGAGAGCUUUACAUUGGACUGUCCCCUGUUCACCAAGACCAUUGUCAUAGAUGAAGCAGAAACCAUCAUCCACUCAGAUGAUGCUAUAGCACCUGUGGGCUACCUUGUUUUCAAGAAGUUGCAUCUCGUUGAAAAGGAGAAUGCACACUUCACAAUGGCGGAACGUAUUGCCGGAUUGCCUGUUAAGACGUGGCAAGAUCUGACAGCAGACAUUGACGAAGAAGCCGAGGACAGUCCACCGACUCCGCCUAAAGGCCGUGAUGCAGACACCGGCUAUGGGCCAGAUGAUGACUACAAUGAUGACUGUGAGUUUACAGAGACACAGGAAAAAAUUCCACUUGACGACAGUGAUGCAGAUAGCAGCUACAGUGAGGGGAUUGACGAAUCUACGCAGACCUACCUGCCACUGUCUGCAACUGAUGAGGCAGGGUGGACUUGGGUGGCAGGCGUGGAGGGCCACGGGAAGAACACUUCUGCAGCCAUGAGGGAUGCCCUCGAUCAGCUCCAGAGUCUGGUGCCACUCAGUGACGUCGUGUCAGUGACCCUGUACCUGCGCGACAUGUCGCAGUACCCGGCUGCUAAUGGAGAGUACGCCGUCGCGUUCCCCGGGCCGGACCCCCCGGCGCGGGUGUGCGUGCAGUGCCCCCUGCCGGAGGGGGCGCCGGUGUCGCUGGAGGCCACGGCGCACCGCGCGGGGGGCCCGGGCGAGGACGGCUGCGUGGACCCCGGCGCGGGGGACGGCAAGUGCUGGCUGGGGCGGCGGCAGCUGCACGUGCAGGGCGUCUCGCACUGGGCGCCCGCCAACAUCGGGCCCUACAGCCAGGCCGUGCGGGUCGGUGAUAUUAUGUACAUGGCAGGCCAGAUCGGCCUGGUGCCGGGCACGAUGCAGCUCAUUGAGGGCGGCAUCAAGCGGCAGUGCCGGCUGGCACUCCGGCACAUCGAGAGGGUAGCCCGCGCCGUCGACUCCACAACGCAGCUGCGCGAUGUCGUCCAGGCCAUAUGUUACGUAACACGUGGUACUCACAUAUGGGAGGCACGGCUCGAGUGGGAACGUCACACUACCAAUGCCAUUGCCGACUACGUCGUGGUGCCCCGGUUACCGAGGGGUGCACUGGUUGAGUGGUCGGUUUGGUUGCAUCGCCACAACAACAGAUUUGAAUAUGAGGAAACAGGGUGUCUGAUCGGUCCAUUCCAAGUGUCUAUAUGCCGCCGGUGGAAUUACGAGAACAAAGUGUCAGCUAUUGUCUCUCGUAUAUCGAUUGGUGCGUCAUACCUUUCCGGAAGCAGAGAAUCGGAAGACUGCCCCGACAGCCUACCCCCUUCGCCCCGCCCCAUGGCUCGGGACGAGCUGGACGAGGCGAUGUCUUACACACUGUCUCGCCUGCUGAGGGAUUCGCCCGCGGCGGCGCCCGUCUGCCACCUCCGCCUGGCAUACUGCCCUUCCUCGGAGCACGCGCCGCAACCCGCGGAGCUGCGUGCGGCGGCGGCACGGGCGGCGGAGGCGAACGGCACCACGGUAGUUGCCAGCCUGCUUCCUGUCAGGGGGCUCAUGACCAAGUGGACCUUCCUCUCCGUGUGUGGCGUCAGGCACCACUGAGGACUACUACUGUUCCAGCAGAGUACUGUAUACCACGUUUAAUACUGCAGGUGGGCAUUGGAUCUGAAUACAGUUGAUGUGGAGGACUGUGAACCAAACUGGCUAUUGUUUCUCUGAGUAAUCAGCUACAUCAACAUAUCUCAUGGUUUUUGUGUCUCACUUUUCUGGUAUGUGGGAUAUGACUUUCCUUUGCUGUCUACACUUUUUUGUUUUUGCACAUUGGAGCUAGUUCAGGGGGAUACAAGUUCAUCCCCUCUCAGUCUCACCUCCCUCAAGAUAGAGGAGUGUGCCUAGAGGAAGAAUUAAGUUCCAGCCUCCUCAUGCAAUGCUGCCAAGAAAAAUAGGACCUGCAUUUUAUGUUUUGUAGUGAAUAGCUAUUGGGUUAAAACUGAAGUUCAUAGUUAGUAAAUAAUUGAUGACUGACUGUUUACCUGAUGUUAAAACUUUUACUCCUUGUAGUUGUGGGUAGUUCCCGAGAUGGACUCUGAUGGACCAAGCUUAAUUAUUCUUCCUGGAAAAAAUAUUUUUAACAUACCACAACAAAUUAAAACAGUGUUCGACAAUGGUAUUUGGUAGUUAUUACAUCGCAGUAUCUAUUUUUUAAUUCUUUAAAUUAGCAGACACACCAUGUUGCUUGCUUAAGUAUUCUUCUUCCUGCCGUACAUAAAGUGAGAAUUGUAGGGGAAUAAAGUGAGAAACAUGUGCAUAGGUGGUAUAUGUAUCAAAACAAAGUCUUUUGCAGCAACGUCCGUAUCUACAGGGGCUGUUCAAAAAUUAACCUCCUAUUGGCUGCUUUAAAAAGGUAAAUAUUUGUUAUCAGUCAGUACUUAUAUGUUGACAUUACUUCUCCACAUAGUCGUCACCCAAAUUCAAACAUUUGUCAUACUCUGACCCAGCUUCUUUAUCCUUCCAUCAAAGAAUGGUGCUGCCUGGUGGUUUGGCCAGUUCUUGGCAGUUUCCUUGAGAUCAUCAUCUUUCAUGCAGUGCUAAGCAGCCAGCCGGGCCUUCAUCUUGGGGAUGAAGGAACGCUGAGGCCAAACCCAGACAUUUUGGUGCCCACGGUGGACAAAACUUAUGGCCUCUCAGUGAAACUGUUAGAGAUGGCUGUCCUUGAAACCUGAGCCAUAUCUUCAGAAAAUUUGGAAAUUUGGAGAGAUAUCUCGUGCACACAAUUUCAUCAGUAUGUUGCUAGACAUUGUCACAUCCGAAUGUCUUCUUUGGCCACUUUCAUUGUGCAAAUCUGUAUGACCAGCUUUGAAUUUUCUGCACUACCCCCUCACAAUGCCGUCAACUAUAACUCCAACCCCAUAUACACAACAUAAUCAAUGGUGAACAAUGGCCAUUUCAGAUGGUUGCUGCUUACACACUGAAGAUUGCAGCAGAGAGCUAACUGAUGCAAUGUGACCUUCAGAGUCUCCUUUUCCACAUGUGCCACAAAGCUACAGUCAAUUGUUUAUUUUUAAUAGACAGUCUGAGGUUAACUUAUGAAUAGCCCUCAUAAAAAAUUCUUGCAUCAUAAAAUUUUGGUAAAAGUAGCAGUUUUUUGUUGCCCCGUGUACAUCAGUCAGUGACGAGCAGACUAUCGAUGAUAGUAAUGAGCCCAUAGUAGCUAUCUUCCUUCAGUUACCUGUGAAAGCAUUUGAAAGCUCAAGCGCUUCCUCAUAUAUUUGAUGUGUCGAGAAUAGAGAGUACGUAUUAUGCCAAGACAGUAUGCAGAUGAGCUGGUCAACAUUUGCUGUGUGUAGUGCUUUACCUGUAGAGAACAGUUGGAGAGAGGGGGGGGGGGGGGGGGGGGUACUGAAACCGAGUGGGAACUCAAGCUGAAAUGGAUCUUCAGCAAGGCAAUUAAUUUGUCUCAGCUGUGACAGACAUCUGGGUUUUGCUUCCCAUUGCAUAUUCACAAACUGCUGUCAAAGACUGAAUUUGUGCAUAUUUGAUAGUUAAUUAAGGCAUGUGAUUGUUUUGUGGUGUACAAUGUAAGGUAGCUUCUAUCAAUACAUACACUUUUUUAUUUCUCUCACCAUGCUAUAGCAUUUAAGAUAUUCAGUUUUGAGGCAGUGUGUUUGUAUUUGCAUUGAGCAAUAUGUCCUCUGUAAGUUUUACGACUAGCUUGUGUUCUGUUCCUGGCAUCAGUGGAUAUGACCUUUUACUUGUAAUUAUGUCCAUUGGCAGUACUUGGUAUAUCAGCCAGUGAUAAUAUACAUUGGCCAGCUAGUCCAUCUCCUCGUAAUUUUACCUUCUCAUUUUCCUUCAAAAUAUAAAUAAUGCUGCUCUCCUUUCAUUUUGACUGGUGUCCAUUCCAUGCAUCCACACAUCUUCAGCAAUAAACUAUUUGGCUAACUGCCUUCCUUCCAGAUCAAGGCACAAUUAUAUUUCUAUGUAAACUAUACCAGGUCAACUGAUGUGAGAAGUUAUGUUUUGUAUUAUAGUGUACCUUCAUUUUGGGCCAUUUUGGCUGACUUGAUUUUUAUUGAUUGAAUUGCUUGUUAUACUGAAAUAUCAAAACAAAAUAAAAUAUUGAAACCGCCUUAGCGAUGUAUUUUCUGAUUACAGUGGCAUAAUAUAGGUCUGAUUGGUGCCACAAUGUAAUCAAACACUAGUCUGAUGUCCAUUGCUUAUAACUUUGGGUCUAUGUUUAUGACGGCUCAGAGGGUUAUGUAUGUAAUGAACACCUUGGCAAAUUAAACAAAAUUAAUUGCAAGAAGCAGAAUAUAAAGUGGAACAUUGGCUUACCACCUGUGAUUUUCAUUUUUGCUGUUUUCCUUAUUUACAGCAAUUGUUAAUGUAUCAAAUUGCUCUCUCACUGCCAUCUAAGAACUGGCACAAAUCUGAACUAAGUUGUUGUUCAGAACUGUUGCAUAUCAUUAAAUUAUUUAUUUUAAUGUUCUAUGGUAAAGCUUUAUGCGUAAACUAUUCAUAUUUAUAAUAAAGUACGGAU